AUGAGCAAUGACAGGCAGACUUUGGAGGCCCACUCUACAUUAAUUUUGAGAUGUGGUAUCAGCGAAGCUGAGCCCAAAGAACUGACAUUUGCCAAUAAUAAUCCUACUACACUCCAGGCUCCCGUACCAGUGCGGGUGCUCAAUCAUUUAAAACAAGCAGAAAACUACUGGGUCAGGAUAGUUCAAAAAGAAUUUGCAGAAGACUGGGAAAAAAGAUUUACAAGGCUGGGACCCAGAAAAAAUAUAGACGAAAUCAUUGUUGUUGGGGAGAGAAUAAGUAACUGGCUAAAGGCUAACUGGAAUCAAGAUGAGUUUGUACUGCUCUCAAGAUUACACCCAUUCACUAGACUUUACAUACAGAAUUUACAUAGCAUUGACCAUGGAGGUGUAGAUUUAACACUAGCCAAACUUCAGAGUAAAUUCUGGGUACCAGGAGCACGCAGAGUAAUUAAAUCAGUCAAGGAGAAAUGUGUAACUUGUAGAAAAGUAGACAAACUAAGAAUGGAACAGAAAAUGGGACAGCUUCCAGACAAGAGGCUAAAACCUUCCCCAGCAUUUUAUAACACAUCUGUAGAUUUAUUUGGCCCAUUUCUUAUAAGAGAUACUGUAAAACGAAGAUCUAGAGCAAAAGUAUACGGAGUAAUAUUUACAUGUUUUACUAGUCGUGCUGUCUACAUUGAUCUGACAGAAGGUUAUGACACAGACAGUUUCUUGAGCACAUUUCGUCGAUUUGUUUCCAUACGAGGAUAUCCUCACACCAUUCAAUCUGACAUCGGCACACAACUAAUGGCUGCUAAUAAAGAAAUUAGGAAAAUGACUGAAAAAUGGAGCAUUUCUCAAAUAUCCAAGUUUGGUUCACACCAAGGAACAACAUGGUCCUUUAACAAAUCAGCAGAUGCGCCAUGGCAGAAUGGUGUUUGUGAAGCCCUGAUCAAGUCAGUGAAGAGAUUACUAGUGAUAGUAGUUGGGGAAAAUGUGUUGAGUUUUAGUGAAUUACAGACAGUGAUGUUUGAAGUAGCAAAUCUAUUAAAUGAGAGACCUAUUGGUCUGAAACCUGGUUAUAACAUAGAUUUGGGAUCCUAUUUGUGUCCUAAUGAUUUGUUACUUGGUAGGGCAAGUAAUAAAGUUCCUAGUGGACCCAUGAUAAAUGCAGCUGAUGUGAAAAAACGAUUUAGUCUUAUUCAAAGUAUUGUGACCACAUUUUGGAAACGGUGGAUGCGGGACUACUUCCCCACAUUAAUAGUUAGACAAAAAUGGCAUGCUGAACAAAGAAAUUUGAAAAGGGGUGACAUUGUACUAGUUCAGGACAAUGAACUAAUUAGAGGAAAUUGGAAGUUAGCACAAGUCUUUCGAGCUGAUGCUGGUAAAGAUGGCAGAAUCAGAGAUGUGGUACUAAGAUACAAAUCAUCUGGUGGUAGCAAUCAGUAUGAAGGAAAAGGGGAUAUAUUGAUCAACAGGUCUGUGCAUCGACUUGCACUAAUUCUUCCCAUUGAAGAUCAGUGA